GGCAGUGUCGAGUGUGCGAUCUCGGGAGCGGAUCCUCGGCUGCGGAAAACGGCUCUCCGUCGCGCCGGUGCGUUCGCGAGAGAGCGCGCGCGCUCGCGGGUGUGUGCUCCAGGGUGCUCGUUGGCUCGUCGCCGUCGGCUCGGCGCCGGUGCGCGUCCCCCGACGUCGACGGACCCUGGACGGCCGCCGCCAUCUUCCUCUCGCACCUUGCGCGCCCGAGGACGCGCCCUCCCUAACCUCUCCGCGAGCGGGCUCACCUUUGGCGAGCGAUCUCACCUCUGGCGAGCGAUGUCGCCUUGAGCGCCGCGCCUGCGCCGGUGCCGUGCAUCCUCCGACUGGAGACCUAACCUAGACGCGCCACCCCAGAGCCGACAUGCAGAUCCUCGCCGGGCCCCCCAGGAACCCCGGCCACCUGGUCGCCCUCUAUGUCGCCACCGCCGGACUCCAGGGCAACGCGCUCGGAUCCGACGAGGAGGAGAUCACCCUCCUCGUAUACGUCGUCCUUGACACCGCGCAGAACAAGGUUAUGGGCCGGCAGCAGUACAUCGUGCGACCAAUGGUCAUGGACGGCGAGGGAGAGGGCAACGCCGGAAGUGAAAAUCCGGUCGUCGCGGGAAGCAGCGGGGUCGUCAGCGAGAUGGCCCUCGCGCAUGCGCCGGCCCUCACCGAGGAGGUCCUGAGGGAACACGGGAUCCCCCUUCAGCAAGCCAUCCACCAGUUCGAGACGUGGUGGUCGUCCCUCUCGUACAUUCCCAGCGGAUGUUCACCGAGGUUCAUCGUCGACGGCCAGGCACCCUUGAGGCAGUGCCUCCACCCCGAGUCCUGCAACAAGGACAUCGAGCUGCCGACGCAUUACACCCUCUUCCACGAUCUUCGCAAGGAGUUCGCCACCUGCUAUUCCGCCCAUGACGAGCUCUCCACUCGGAGCAUCCAGGAGAUGACUCAAUACUUUGGAUUCACAUCUGACACCGAAAAUGAUUAUCACGUCAAGGAAGUACAGGACAUGGUUAAUGUCAUCCAGAGGAUGAUUAAAGAUGGUCACAUUUUCCAAAAUCCGGAAGUCGUAAAUCUCGUCUUGGAGCCGGGGAUAUGCUCGAAGGACGAGGAAGUGGACAAUGACUGCGUAGUGAGGGCUCGCGGGCUUCCUUGGCAGUCGUCCGACCAGGACAUCGCCAAGUUUUUCCGAGGACUGAAUGUCGUCAAGGGAGGCGUGGCGCUGUGUUUGAGCCCGAUGGGCAGGCGUAACGGCGAGGCAUUAGUGCGUUUCGUCAGCAAGGAACACAGAGACAUGGCUUUGGCGAGGCAUAAGCACCACAUCGGGGCCCGGUACAUCGAGGUCUACAAAGCUUCCGGCAAGGACUUCAUCAACGUCGCCGGUGGCACCAGCGGGGAAGCUCAGGCCUUCCUCUCGAGAGGGGCCCAAGUCAUCGUCAGGAUGCGAGGACUCCCUUACGACUGCGUCGCCAAGCAAGUGCUUGAUUUCUUCCUGUCCGGCGACUCGCCGUGUCACGUGUUGGACGGCGAAGACGGAGUCCUCUUUGUGAAGAAACCGGACGGCAGAGCCACAGGGGAUGCCUUCGUCCUCUUUGCAAAGGACGACGACGCGAUGAAGGCGCUCAGCAAGCAUCGCGACUGCAUCGGCAGCCGGUACAUCGAACUCUUCCGCAGCACGACGGCCGAGGUGCAGCAGGUCUUGAACAGGUCCAUGGUGGUCGUGGAACAUCCGCCCCCGGCGCACCCACCCUUGCCUCUUCCGAUGCUCCCUCAGCACGUGAUCAUGUCCGGCACCCGCAAAGACUGCGUGCGGUUACGCGGGCUGCCCUACGAGGCGCUGGUCGAGCACAUCCUGGACUUCAUGGGCGAGCACUCGAAGAACAUCGUGUAUCAGGGGGUCCACAUGGUGUACAACGCUCAGGGUCAACCGUCGGGCGAAGCGUUCAUCCAGAUGAACAGCGAGGCGUCGGCGGGCGCGUGCGCGUCGCAGCGGCACCACCGGUACAUGAUCUUCGGGAAGAAGCAUCGGUACAUCGAGGUGUUCCAGUGCAGCGGCGAAGACAUGAACCUGGUGAUGACGGGGGCGGUGGUGCCGCCGGCGACGAAAUCGCUCCACUCACCCGGUACGUUGACCACGCAAACGCCAGCGGCUUUGGCCCACGCGGCCCACGCGGCCCACGCGGCUCACGCGGCCCAAGCGGCCCACGCGGCCCAGGCCGCGCAUGCGCCGCCGGCCGCGGCCCCCGUCGCGCCCGUCGCGGUCCCGGCGGUGCAGCAGCCCCUCUGGGACAUCCACGCGCUGGUCCAGGCCCAGGCCCAGGCCCAGGCCAUCAGGAAUCAGGAUUUCUGGCUCAUGGCGCUGGCCUCCGGGGCCGCACCGACCGCGACCUCUCCGACCUCCCCGAAUGCCGGGGCCACCAGCAAGGCCCUCGCGUUGCCGUCCGCGUCUCCUCAGCAGUUAUCCGCCGCGUAUACGGUCCAGGCCCCCCCGGGUGCCGCAGCCGCCGCCGCCGCCGCGGCCCUCCACCACCACCACCACGCCCAGGCCACCUCCGCACCCUUCCUCCUCUUCAACAUGCCCUCGCGGAUCCCCAUCCUGAGGGCGCCCCCGCCCCACGCCCUGCUCCCACCGCUGGUGCAGGCCCCUCUCAACCCGGCCACCCUGAUGGGCCUCAAACGCACCUGGAACGGCGCCUUCCCUGCGGAGGCCGCCGGCAGCGCUCCCAAGCGGCCCGCCUGGCAAACUCCUGCCGCCUUUCCCACCGGCCAGGCCGCCACUCCCGGCCUGCCCUAUCCGGCCCAGUUCUAUCCCCAAAUGUGAUCGGACCCAUGGUGCCUUUCGCUUCCACUGAGCGUUUCGAGGGUCCCGAGAGAGAACCCGUGGAUGUAGCUUCCCGAUCGGAGGACCCUUUCCGGGGAAUUCCUUCGCUUUCGUGGACUGUCGAGGGCGCUCGCUUGUGGGGUCAUCUCUUUCACGAGUUCACUGCCUACACCUCUAGUGCCUCAUGGGAAAAUUCAAGGUCUCUUAAGGAACCCACACUCGUGUCCGGGGAUUCGGCAUUGUUGUAUAGAAAUUAGACUGUAACGAUAUGGCGUUUAGAGUUCCGAGGGGUAACCCGUUCAUGGUGGAUACCGUCGAUCGGGUUGUUUGGCGGACUCGUGGGAAUUGGUUAACGCGCUGAUCUUGGUACCUUCGUUGCGCAGCUUGCUGAUCAGGGAUGAUUUCUUUGACUGGCAGUUUGUAUAUCAUAUGACGUUUCUAGUAGUUUGCAGAGUGCUAAGGGAACAGGCGGUUUGCGAAAGUCUUCGAGUGGAAAGCGAUUCGUGAUGGGCGUGCUUCGGCUUUCGUUAAAGUGAUCCAGGGAUUCCGAAAUGGCGACGCUCCGUUGAUAGGGUGCGACGGGAUCGAUUCAUCGUACAUUCCAUAGUUGUCUCUAGGAGGAACCAAUGUUCUUCGUUUACAUCCUUGGUUAUUUUUUCUACCCUUUGCCCGCCAUUGGGCCAGUGCCUUUGAGUUUCUGCCUCGAAACUAAUUUGCCGCGGUGAUAGAGAAAAGUACUUAGGACCGAUUGUUACAUUGUUGACAGUCCAGUAACUGUAGACAAAGGUACUACUGUUUUUCUUCUUUUUUUUUUUUGUAAUCCAUACACGAGUAAAACGGACUUUUACCGCAAAUCAUGUAACUUGUAAUAUAGAAUGUACGAGCGCUCGUGUCCUCUUCGACUUAUCGCGACGGACCAAUUUUUAUGGACAUCGUUCGAUCAUCGUCGAUGAGAAGACGUUACAAUGGGACUAAUUGACAGCGCCGAAAGUGCCUUGGAAGUCCGGGCCGAUUUAUAUUCGCGGUCCCCGACUUCCCGCGUUAGUUAACGGUGUAAAUAAUAAUUAUGAUAUAUACCGAGAGAGUUUUCAUAAAAUGAUUUAUAUAUUUUGCUAGGCGUAUAUACAUAUUAUAUAUAUAUAUAGAUAUAUAUAUAUUUUAGUAGCGUUAAGUCGUGGAAAUUCCAUCCAGUUUAUCGAUGUUGUUAGGCUCGGUGACUAUCGGCGGGUCUAAAGCUCCGAGAAUUCGAAUUCUUCCAGUCGACUCUGUCUUCGUGGACGGUUCUCUUCCCGUUUUUUUAUUAGCCGCAGAAUUGCGAGUCCACGGGAAUUAACGUUCGAUCUUCGGAACAUUCCUCCCUCGAUUUGCCGCAUUCCCUGUGACGAGGACGAAGCGAUAACGUCGCUUUUGAUUGCGCGUACGUUUCGAUCGACAGGACUCGGCAAUAUUUUGCGGAUACUUUCUUUUUCACUUUUUUCAAUCGGUAUAUUUUCUGCAGUGCUCCGAUACUUAAUUCGCUUAAUUCGACAGCUAUAGUGCGACUCUUUCGAGACUUCUUGACUUAAUCGUGAUGAUUAGACCCGAAAGUUGUGGAAAUUAAGUCACCUCUUUUACGAGCACCUGAUGCGAGUAACCCUACUUUUAUUUUAUUUCUCCUUCUUUUUAUUCUUAACGAAUGUCGCUAUUUCUUGGGGUUGUGAUUAAUAUCCAGACGUGUCGGCGAGAUCGAUGGACCAAGGUUGCAGGAAAACGCGCGAGAAAAUAGGGGAAAGGAUGCGACCCACUUAUGUCGCUCAGUGGUCGAGUUUUUGGCUCUCUUUUUAAGCCUAGUGCCACGAUUUUCUUACUCCGUCCCUGGUGUCGUCUCCUCCCGAAAAUCGCCGCUCUUUUGCAUACCUUGACCUCGCCCAUUAUAUUGUUUCCUGCUAAGUAACGCAACGCAAGUUAAUUAAUCGAGCAAAGAUACCGAACGAUUGAACGCAAAACAAUUACAGAGAUUUUCAGUUCUUGCCAUUUUUUCUUUUUUCUUUUUCUGGUGAAUUUUGGAUUAUUCUAUGAUUUAAGAGAUCAGGAAAGCACGGGUAAAAAGUGUCAGCUGUGAUUUUCUGAUUAUAGUUCUCACUUGUUCUAAUGUCAAAAUAAUUGGCGUUGCUUUUUAGGAAAGUUGUAGUAGACCUUUACACGCGGUUGUUCGUUGAGAAACACACGAUAUCAAUUGUAGUUACGUUCAAGGAAUUAUUCUCCAUUAAUAGUGGUUUAUUUAAUUUUUUUUUGUCUCUUUAGUAGACAUCGUUACUUAAAUGUUAUUAACUUUCUUGCGAGUGUACCAUGUAUCCCUUAAUUCUUUCUUGCAAGUACCGAAUAACCCUCCAUUCGAGAAAAAUUCAUACUUUAGAGUGAUGUCUUCCAGCGAAGUAACGUUUAAAUGUGAAUAACACUUCAAUAUCGAUCAGUCAACCACUUUACAAAGUUGGCUCCUGUUUAAAUUAUAAAUAGUAACCAGUGAUCGACUUAUCCACUUUUCGUGGUCGCUGCUGCGAAGUACUCAGUUUUUAACAUAUCAUUAUUAAUUGCUCAAAGUACGUGCCUUAGACGGAAGAGAGAAUUUGUGUCGACACUUUACAGUCUCACAAUUCCGAUUAGAGGGAUGCACAUAGGCAAAUACAUAAUCUAUAAAAUCCGCUCAAAAUGAGGAAUUUCAUUUCGUUGAACUAGGUGAAAAUAAAAAACGUUCAUGUUCCUUUUGUCGAACAUUACAGCAUUCCGAUUGUCUCAUUUCUUUUUUUUUUUCUUUUUGCCAAAUGCAAUCGGCAUUAAUCGCCAGAUAUUUUGGAUCAAUAUUAGCAAUGAUCGUUGCGCAAAUUUGAAGAAACUGCGUCGAAAUGGCUGUAAGAGAGUACUUGAACUUUAGCCGAGUUUUUUUUCGGAGUGAUCACUCGUUUCUUCGCGAAGCAACCUGUUACUUAACCCAGGCGCAAAAUCACCGCUAAGUACUGCGCACAAAUUACUCACAGUGUAUAUAAACACGCUAAGACAAUAAUUAUCGAUUACCCUAAUCGAGCGUGUUCGAUGCAAAGUGCAUCGAGUUGACUUUCGCUGUGCCACGAAAUAACGUUAAACCUGAUAAGAAGAAAAAAAACACGGUUACUUUUCGUUAGCUAUUUUUUCUCAGUCCUCUCUCAGAAACUAUAUCUGUUUUUUCUUUUUUUUUUUUUUUUUACUAAACAAAAAGAUCUGCCAUUUGGCAAUAAAAUUAGGGUUUACAUUAGCGUUUACAUAAGUCUCCGAUUAGGCUCUACAUGCAAUAGUCGCUUCUGUAGUCCUAAAUUUUAAUGGCAUUAAAAACCCAUUAAGACUUCACGUUUCUCGUCGCUUUGUUUUUUUUUUUAUACGGUGGCUAACAACUUAAAACAAUGUAGCAGCUCAUUACAUCUAGUGAUAAUGUCUCUCGCUUAGUAAUUACCUCGUUACGUUUAGUUGUAUCUCGCUGGUUGUGCUCCGAAAAAUUCAGCUCGAUUCUCGGUUAUCUCUCUUACAAGAGAGUUUCACACGAGACUCCACGGUUUCCCCGAAUCCCACAUUUUCUCAAAUUACUUCGUUAAUCGUGGAACUCGACGUCUCCUUCUCUUCUGUACCCUCAAGGCCUAAUUUUCUUCUUUUUUUUUUCCCCCGUUUAUUUCUACCCACUGUGCAAGCGAAAGUUAACCGAGAAAAGUACACGAUGCGUGAUUAUGGUACGGUUUCCUGCAUUUACAUUUGUACUUCUUGCAUUUACCCCCCUCCCGUCUCUGACAUUAGUAUUUCCUCGUAAAAUGCUCCUCGAUGCGAUCGUUACUAGGAAUUAGGGACGCCUCCAUUAGUGCUCCGAAACUAGUGAACGAACGGAUAAUGGAAAAAAAAAAAUCGUAAUGAAAAAGAGGGGGACAGUGGUACUCGUGCAUACACACACGCCGGGUGUAUACCCUCACAUGCAUACCUUAUUUUUUUAUCGCAGUAUACUACCUGUAUAUCGUAGGAUGAUGAUGAUUUAUAUUAAUAUUCAAUAAUCAUGUUUAAUAAAUGUACUCGUGUCUAGUGGAGAUCUUUUGCGCUUGUUGGGUUUGGUGGACUCGUACGUGGACGGGACGACUCGCAUUAUCUCGAAUUUGGACGUUAAUUAUCAACAUUUCUGUCAUUUAACUAAACAAGGUUUUCUAUAGUUAACGUGUUUACCAUGAACAUUCCGGAAGAAUAAUUUUGUAACUGCACCUGAUUCCCUGUCGAAGGGGCUCACAUUCAUUUUUCUUGUAUCACGCGACGGAUUUUAAUUAAUUUCUUUUAUUAUUAUUAAUUGAACGUUCUAUCAAAGUAUUCGGUGUAUUUAGAGGUAUCCAAAUUCAUCGGGUUUUGCGAAUCGUCUUGUACACGUAUACCCUGAUAUUACCUACGCACGGUGGUCGUACUUUUUGCCAUGAUCUCUCUUUGUCGUUUCCCUCUCUCUUCCCUCGCUUUCUCUCUUAUCAUUCAGUUCUAUCAUUCGGUGAGAUCGAUCGGACACGUUGCACAUACGUUGCGAUGGGGAUCCUCGGGAUCUAAUGAGAGGUUUUUACUGCAUGGGACUCGGUACAUACCGGAUACGGAAGUGUACUGGCUUUUCACGUUUUUUUGUUAAGUGCAUGCCUCGUGUUUUGUAUUACCUUUAGCCUCGUUACUUUUUUUUACCCGAACGUCUGUCGGGUUUGAUAUUCUUCGAGUCGAUAAUCCUAGAUUGAUCGACGAUGAUGACGAGUGUCGUCUCGGCAAGGAGCUUAUUACAAAAAGUACGGUCAUCGCAACAUCCUUGUCUCUAUAUGUCCUUCGCGAGUUCUUACUCUGCGCAUCUCGUUGGUAUCUUUGGUGCGAGUGAUAAGAAAAAAAAAUAAUAAGCGAGAAGAGAUGCGUGGAAACAUCCUGUGUGUCGUGGCUCUUAACUCUCUAAUUGCGUUCUCUCUCCUUUCUCUUUCCGUCUUGUAAUUCGCCCGUCUUCUUUUUUUUUUUUAUUUAGAAUCAUUGCUCAUUAAUAAGAAAACAAAUCGUAAGCGAAUUGGAUGAGUUCUCGUUGCGCUGUACUCUUUUGCAUUAUUUCAUGCAUUCGAAAUUCCGUUUUUCCUCCUUCAAACAUUUUCGGACUC